GGUUCAUGAACACACUGAGUGAUUAAUAACAAUAGGAAACAAACGUAAACGCGUAGCCGAUAAACACAGACUGCGUUUAGACGUUUAGGAAACUGUUUAAUCUUCAGCCCAUACCGAGUCGUAUGGUUUUAAUCAAUUUAUUAAAAUGUAUUAAAUAGAAGCUGAUUAAUAAAAUAUACAAAUAAGAUUUGUGACAAGCCUGAAACCUUUUUUUUAUUUAUUUACAUUUAUUUGCUCUUUAAAGUUUUUCUCCCAAAUAGAUUAUUAGCGUGGUCUAUUGUUUUACCCCCAACCUCUUCAAACACAUUAUACAAUUUACAGUUAUCAUUUUCUAUCAGCAGGAGCAGGCGUUGGACUGCAAUAGACGCGCUUAUCCUACUUCAAAAUUAGGUUAGUCUGCCAUCUGGUGGUAAGGUAAGGAAUUGCAUUACAAGUCCAGUUUCAUCAUCUAUUGCAGUCUUUUAAAAAUGUAUAAAAAUAUGUCGGAACACCCCCAGUGCCCCAAUCACAGUGAAACAUUUAGUAAGAACUGCCUUUUAUGCACUUUUACCGUUUUAAAGUGAUCCUCACUUAUUUAUUUGUAUGUAUAGCCUACUGUAUGUUAUUUGCCAGUGUAUUUCUUAAGAGACAAUAUUAUUGUGCGUGCUGUAACGUUACCUCAGUGCCACUGUAAUACACAGACUUUAACAAAACAACUAAAAUGUAUCGACAUUUUCUAUAUUUAUAUUUCUAAAUUGAGAUGCUCUUAAUCAGUUUUACUUCAGGAUUUUUAGAAUCGCUCACCGUCAGCGUAGCUUGUUUUCUGAUUGGUCGCUUUCGGGUGGGGCCAGAACAUUCUUGCUUUCUAAUUGGUCUUCACGCUGAACCUGAAAGAACGAUCUAAUCGAGGAUUGGCCAAUUGCUGCAGCCGUCGAGCGCAAUUGGUGGACGGAGGAUACGCGGAACAGGACGGACGGAGGCGUGUGUUCAGGAUGCGGAAUUAACGCAUCAUCAGCUGCGCCCGAACGCGACUGAACAUGGCGAGCGCUGUGAGUGGAAGCAGGGCUUCGGGAAACUUUCUUACAUCCGCAGCAAACGGAUCGGUACAGCCGGGCGCGAGAUGGGGACAACAGCACGCGGGCGCUCGAGAGCUCGCGGAGUUAUACUCGCCAGGAAAAAGAUGUCAGGAAUGGAUCAGUGUGGUUCUUUGCUUCAGCCUCAUGGCCUUUAACUUCUGUUACCUGGUAACUUACUUCCACCUAGGACACGCCUGGUACAUCCUUCUGGGCAUCGUGGCAGGGAUCCUGACAGCAGAUUUUGCUUCUGGUCUGGUCCACUGGGGUGCUGACACAUGGGGAUCGGUGGAUUUACCCAUCUUUGGGAAGGCCUUUAUUCGUCCGUUUCGAGAGCACCACAUCGAUCCAACUGCAAUUACGCGCCAUGAUUUCAUUGAGACGAAUGGUGAUAACUGUAUGCUAACCAUCAUCCCGCUGGCUAACAUGGCUGCAAACUUCAUGAUGCUGUCACCAGCGGAGAUAUAUCGGAACUACCCCUGGUUUUGUUACCUUUUUGCUUUGGCCAUUUUUGUUACAUUGACCAAUCAGAUCCACAAAUGGUCGCACACGUAUUUUGGACUCCCGCGCUGGGUAACAUUACUUCAGGACUGUCGCAUCAUAUUGCCACGAAAACACCACAGAGUGCACCACGUUUCACCUCACGAAACCUACUUCUGCAUUACCACAGGCUGGUUAAACUACCCUCUGGAGAAAUUGGGAUUCUGGAAAAACCUGGAAGAUCUGAUCCAAAGCCUGACAGGAGAGAAGCCCAGAUCGGAUGACCUCAGAUGGGCCCAGAAAACCAAGUAACGAUCUUCUGCCACUGAUCCACUUCCCCUACCUCAGAUCUGCUCGUAGGAGAAUCUCCAUCUAAUUGUCCUCCCUUGCACAGAACAAGAGGAACGGCAAGAUAUCAAAGCCCAACUUAGAAAGCCAUCAAUUCUUAGAAAGAAGUUGACCGAAAGAGGGUUGACGAAGCGAUUGAAAGCAAUAUUCCUCUCUGCUUACUUUAUUGAUCAAAAAAUACCCCAAUCCUCUUUUGAACUUGAGACUUCUGCAAAAUGUUACAGACUCUUUAAAGUGCAAAAAAGAUCACUCAAAAUGUCAAUACUUGAACAAAGUGGGCUCUUUUUUUCGACGGUUUUUCUUCAACUUUCAACUGCUGUCAAAGCUUUAUUGCCUGGCUGGUCUCUGGGGGGUGGCCUUUGGGACUGAUCUCUCUUGUUCUCACCUUCCUCUUGCAUUGGGCUAAAGUGCAGUAAACUCAAGGGCAGUUUGGCCACAGAGGGCUACAAAACCGGUGUCUUCAUUUGUUGCUUGUGUCUGAAUAGACAGAGCAGCAUCAUAUGCAGUCUUUCUUCAGUACGCCUUAAAAAAUGAAUUGCAGUAAAGAACCUUGCUUCGCAUGGCUUCAUCCUCACAUUAAUACAAAUGUUUUUACGUCACUCAAUUUUUGCUUUUGAAGCACAGUUGCAAAUUCGGAGGAGCUGUAUGCAGGUCGACUGUGAGAUAUGCGUCGUUAUAAGUGUUUCGUUUUAGAUCAAUAUUCAGAUCAUUUGUGUUUCGGCUUGCAGUGUAAAUACACCACGAGAGCAACAUUGCUGCUUGACUCUGAGAUGUAGAUCACAAAGCCCAUAUGAAAUCCCUCUGUGGUCUCAUUCAUCAUUUUUCACGUUGUAUUAACGUUACCUUAGGGAAGUUUUAGUCGAGCCUGACUAGCCAAAUAAAAUGUGAACUCCAUUGAGGUUCGCAUACUUUGUUACACAACAGAUAAAAUCUAGUUUGAGGCAUGUUCAAUCACAACUCCUAGUUCUUAUUUAAUAGUAGUAUAACAUAUUAGAGGCAGUUAUCGCAUGAUAAACAAGACGGACCCAUCACAUUUGACUUUCUAGUGACUUGCACUUACUAACUGCUUGUAAUUUGAUUAUUUAUUGAUCAUACAUGUACAUGGUCCAGUAUAAAUUUGUAAAAAAAAAUUAAAUUUUAUUUGACUAUAUUUAUCUUAAUCAGAAGUUGCGUUUUUAAUAUAGAAAUAAUUAAGGAUUCCAUCUAUCUAAUAAAAAUAUAUUGGCUUUGCUUAAAAUGUAAGUGUUGCUUUUCAAGCAAUGUAGUUUAGCCAGUAUUCAUUGUGUGUGGUUACCGUUGUAACAGUCCUCCAUUAAAAGGAUAGUUCACCCAAAAGUGAAAAUGCUGUCAUCAUUUACUUACCCUCAAGUUGAUUCAAACCUGUAUGAAUCUUACAUUUUAGAUAAUCUAGAUAUUUGGCAGAAUCAAACAGUUCUGGGGCACUAUUAACUACCGUAGUGGGAAAAAACUACGAUGGUAGUCAGUAGUGCCCCAGAACUGUUUGGGUUCCCACGUUCUUCAAAAUAUCUUCUUUUUUGCUCGAAAGAACAUAGAAAUUCAUACAGGUUUGGAACAAUUUAAGGCUAAAUGAUAACAGAAUUUUCAUUUUUAUGCAAGCUAUCCAAGAGUAAAGAGGAAGAGACCGAGGCUCUGUGUCUCAAGAACAGUUCAGAACAUGUUACAUAAUUGUGAUUGUUUAUGGGUGUACCAUCUAUUUUUUUUAGAAUAAGUUUUUCAAACAUACAGUCAAAUGAAUAACUCGCAUCCCGUUUACGCCAAAUGAUUUUAUUAAUGAAACUGUUUCUGAACUUCAUUCAAAUAAGUCAAAUAAGUUACAGCUUUGGUUUUUGCUUGUGUGCGUUUUAAUGCCAAUUUUUUUACUGUCUGCAGCAUUGUCGCAAUUUGUUUCAACAGGUCAGUCAGCGAUAGGUCAGUGUGAUGAUAGUAAAUGUUUAUAUAGGUCAGCGCAUCGGAACGACAGAGAAAGUGUUUUAGAACGUACAGUAGAUUCCUUUGUCCAAAUUUUAAAACUCUGUUACAAAGAGGUCAUCCCAAAUUGUAAAAGAGGACAUGAAGUGCUUUGAGCUGAUUCGUAUUGUCAUGUUACGUGUUCUUUUCCUUCAUAUCUGAAUUCAGGAAGAUUUGUUCAGUGGAAUAUUGUAGUAUUUUUUUGACAGUUGAUUAAUAUCUUUAUAUAUUUCUAUAAUGAUACGAGAUGCCAAAUUUAUUUUUGCUCAGCUAAUAGAUCUGUUGUGGUGUGUUUGGUGUUAAUGUAAAGAGGACACUCCGGUGGAAAUUUUCACUGCACAGGGAAACUGGAACCUUUUCCGGUCACUUUAAUUCAGUAAAUUGUUACAUUUAUUUACUUUCAUACAAUUUUGAGAUGUUGGUUUCUAUUGAGUUUUUUUAUCAGACAUUUUCUCCUACAUUCAACGCUUUUGAGUAUAAAUUAUCAUAUCGUAUUUCAUAUCAAGACAAGAUUCUUUAAUUCACUGAAUAUACAUAUAAAUAAGAAUGUCACCAGCUGUAACAUAUGUGAGUAUUGUUAUGCCAUGACUACAAAGCUCUACUAUUGCAACAUUGUACUUAAGAGAAGUUACUAGAUUUGUGUGCUGUGCAUAAGGAAGAUUAAUAUUGUGAUAAUAGGCUGAUUGUGUUAUUGAUCACGUUAGUUUAGAGUGUUAAAAGUUCAGUACUCGUUCGAGAUUCCUCGCUUUCCAUGCAUAGCGCGAGCAACAAAGAUCUGCCCGUGCAGAUGAGAGGAUAUUGAACGAAUCACAUUGUGCUUGCUAAGAAAUAUUGUAUUUUCCUUCGGAUAACACAACUAAGCCAAUCCCGUAUUCACUGGGGACUUUUAGAGAUUUCGACGCAGCUGUUACUGGGACAUUUGAUUGAUGACCUUUGGCAUUCACACUUGUUACUGAAUGUUCAUCCUUAAAGAUUUAUUGGGAGAAGCUUUUUAAAACUCUGUGUCGCCUGGUUUUACAAUUCAUGUUCAGAAAGUUUUUCUAGGAUGGCUUCUUUGUUGAAAAUGACGCCUUAAAGCUUUUUUUUGUUGUUUCCGGUUUCAAAAUCUUUUGUCAUUAAGUUCAUAUUUAUAAUGAAAUUAAUAAAGAACUUGCAAGAU